UUUUAACAAUAGAACAGCUACUAAUUUGUGACAAAAAUCAAUAUUUCUAUAAUAUUCUUUGACUCACAUUUUGUUUGACAACAGAAAAAACCUUCCAAGCACGCUAUCUAAACGUCUGCGCGAGCUAACUAAAUAGACCCGAGGGAUAUAUUGCACUGCAAUUGAGCACAACUGAUUAAUUUAUUUGAUCGCGUCAGCCUUACUGACAACGUCUUAUCUGUUGACAUGAUGUUUUAGUAUGCUGUGAGUCGCUGGGUAACGUGUUGGCCGGUGGCGUAGACAUAACGCUACAGAACACACAGCAGAGAACUACAUAAUAGAACCAGCAACAAAGGUACACGUGAAAUAGCCACUACCAGCCGGAACAAUGUAUGUUUAAACAAGCACAGUCAAUUUCCUGGUUUUACAAUCUCUAAUUUACUGUGCCGAUUUGUCGUUGAAACAUAUGCGUACUGUAUCUAUGAAAAGAUGGAGAAGAGAGACCACUGACCUCCCAUUGGGACUGAUUGAAGCUCUGAAAUGGCUGUAAACGAGACAUCCUCAAGUUUUAUAUUUUUUGUAGCAUUUUUCUAUAUUAUUAUCACUUUUUUGGAAGUGCAAACCACUGAAGGGAAUAACAACAUUACUAAUAAUAUUACAACAACAACAACAACAACUCAGGCGGCAACUCUGUAUCCAUUAGUGGCAGGCACGGACCUUACAGUGCUGGACUUGGCUGCAAUAAUUGUUGGUGCCUUCAUCCUAGGAAGUUUUAUUAUCAUAGCCCUAUAUCAAGUAGUUCACCCCGAGGAGACAACAAAAGCGAAGCAAAACAAACUUUCACCAACUGCAAAAGAACAUUAACUACGCAAAAGAGGACCCAUUUUAUAGAAGGGCCUUUCUGGUUAAUUUUGCUAUCUGCCCACAACCCCCCCAUUCUGCCAUGUCACUUGCCCUAGCAUUUUGUUCGGUAGGCCUAGUGAAAUUCAGCUAAAAAUUACAUCGAGCAGUGAAUAUUUAAUAAAUCUUGAAAAAAAUCUUUCAGAAUCAAGUUGCUGGUUAACUUGUUAUUAGUGUGAUUUUAUUAGAGGCAUGGCAUCCUUCUGGCGAGAAACCUGCAUGUUCGAUGGAAUAGCCUACUUUUUAUAAUAAUGAAUGAAAUAGUUCAGGAAGUAGGAUCAAUGAAAUUAGUGUGACUUGGAGCGCAUUCAGAACAGAUGAUCCGCGGACUAACUGAUCCGCCGACUAAACAUGGCCGACUCCACUUAAAAGCAGCGUCGUUUAAUCCCCAGAUGGUCACCCCGCCUCCACACAAUAGACCAAACAGUUUUCCUCGAAAUGUGUUAUCUAUAUUGCAUAUGUGGU